AUGCUGUCCUCCUUGCGCUGGCUCAGAGCCAUCGCCACUCUGCUGCUCGCAGCGUUACUCGUCGUGGCAGGACCACUUCCUUCGUACGAUCCAUCUGUUUUAUCCUUGACCGAAGGCAACUUCACCCGCUCGGUCGACAACGGCGCUUGGCUCAUCGAGUUCUACUCCCCACACUGUGGACACUGUAAGAGGUUCGCACCCACCUUUCACGACCUAGCAGAUGAUAAUCGACACCUCGAAGACUCUUCCAACUUCCACAUUGCUCGCGUCAAUUGCAUCGCUCAAGGCGAUCUGUGCGUGCGACACAACAUCGACGCCUACCCGUCGCUCGAACUGUUCCGGGAAGGCAGGUGGCUCGAAAGCUAUAACGGGGAUCGCAGUUACGAGGAUCUAGAUGCGUACAUUCAGGCACGAGCUGCAGACAAUCGCAAGCUUAUGGACGUCUUUAGCGCUUCGCAUCAUUUUUAA